GCAGGAGAAAACCCACUUUCGACCUGAUGAUCAUCGAACGACUACAGUACCAAGCCUACUACGGGCUGGCCCACUUGGUCGGAUCGCCUCCUCUGGUUGGUUUAGUGACGAUGACCAAUUUCGCACCCGUAUACCAUAUGUAUGGCAGUCCCAUGAACCCUGCCUAUCUGCCCGAUCUCUGGGUGGGAUUAUCUGAUCAUAUGACCUUCUGGCAACGUCUGUACAACACUUACUUCUAUCUAAGGCUCUAUUACAUGUGGUUCUGUCGAGUAAUCCCAGAACAGGAGAGCGUAAUGCGAGAAUUCUUCGGAGCGGCACCACCACCAGUUUACGAGACGGAGUUCAACUUCAGCCUCCUCAUCACCAAUAACGACUUCUCCUUGGAGUACGCACGGCCACUGACGCCGAACAUCAUUGAAAUCAAUGGCAUCCACGUACCGGUGGAAGUCGAACCGUUAUCUGAGGAUAUCCAGAAGUUCCUGGAUGGAGCAGAGCAUGGUGUGAUCUACUUCAGCCUCGGUUCGAACGUGAAAAGUACUAACCUCCCACCUGAGAUGAUCCAGGAUAUUCUGCAGGUAUUCAGACAGCUGCCACAGCGUGUCCUCUGGAAGUGGGAGAACGACUCGCUGCCUUCUCAGCCAGAGAAUGUCAUGACCCGAAAGUGGCUGCAGCAGCCGUCUGUGCUGGCUCAUCCGAAAGUCCGCCUUUUCAUAAUGCAGGGUGGUCUCCAGAGCUUGAACGAGGCCACGUACCAUGCAGUUCCAUUAGUGGUCAUCCCGGUCUUCUCUGACCAGCACCAUAACGCUGCAAAGAUUGCACAGUCACAGAUUGGCGUCAGGUUGAAUAUUCAAGACGUCACGAAAGACACACUUCUGCGUUCCAUACGUACGGUUCUGGAAGACACGACGUACAAGGAUAACAUGAAGAGGCUCUCGCCCGUGUUCCGCGAGCACAGGGCAGACUCGCUGGAGCGGGCGGUGUGGUGGGUCGAGUACGUGAUCCGCCAUGAGGGUGCCCCUCACCUGCGCAGCGCCGCCCUCGACCUGCACUGGUGGCAGCUGCUGCUGCUCGACGUCGUCGCCUUCCUGCUGGUGGUCGCUGCCCUCACACUCUGCGCCGUCUACUUCGUCACACGGCGGGUAGUCUCCUUCUUCAAAGGCAGCAAACAGAAGCAGAAGCAGAAGAAGCAGUGA